AUGCGCACUGCUCCGGCGGGAGGCUUGGUCCGGACAACCCGACGGUUGGGACUUAUCUCAGCGUUGCCAAGGGGGAGCAGUUUCGUAUGCCGACAAUGCAGGGCGAUACAGAUCACCUCGACGCCCACGAGCGACACGCCGCGGCUUGGGCAGGAUGUCUUCGGGACGCCAGGUGAUUCACAGAAGAAUGUUGCCGACGCUCGGUUCGAAGUUCUCGGGACGCCAUACUCGCUUCUCUCGGUCACGCUGUCGGCUUCCCAGAGACUCUUUACGCGUCGAGGUACAUUGGUCGCCGUGUCGGGCAAGCCUGAAAAUGCACAAUCAACACUGUCCAUACUCUCGCCACUCAAGAGAGCCGCACUCGGCGUCCCAUUCCUCUACCAGCGCAUCACCUCGACGACGCCGAUUACCGCACUCAUUGGCACGAAAUCCCCAACGACGACCUUCCAGGUCCUCCAACUGGACGGCACGACCGACUGGAUGAUCGCCCAACGCAACGCCUUGCUCGCGUGGACCGGCCACACUCUCGCCGUGACCCCGCGGAUACAGCGCAGCCUCUCGAUCGCACACUGGGGCUCCUCGGAGCUCACGGGCCGCGGCCUCGUCGCGCUCACUGCGCCGGGCCACAUCUACGAGCUCACCUUGUCCGAGGGCGAGGAUUUUGUCGCCCACCCGUCCCACGUCGUGGCGUACACCAUCGGCCGCCACGUGCCGCAGCCGUUCCGCUUCAAGAGCUCGAGCCGCAUCAACCUGCAGGUGCCCGCCACCGUGAGCACGUGGUUCAGCGACGUGCAGUUCAUCCAGCAGCUGCGCACGUCGCAGGCAUACCAGUACCUCGCGCGCGCCCUGUACAACCUGCGCACGGUCGCACGACGCUCGAUCUGGGGCGACCGGCUGUUCCUGCAGUUCCAGGGCCCUGCGCGGAUCCUCAUGUCGAGCCGCGGUGUCCGGGUGCAGGACAGCCUGACCAGUGCCGAGGUCAACGAGAUUGCCGAUGCUCCUCCUGCGGGCGUGAAGGCUGCUGAUGCGGCGGCGGCGUCUGCUGUGUCGGUGCCGAAGACAGCCGCCGUGCCGCAAGCGCCGAAGAGCAUCGCCGAUGUCACCGCUGCGACUGGCGGCGUGGCGAGCACCACCGGGGCUGUCAAGAUCACUGUCGCGAGCGUCGGCCAGGAUGGCAAGGUGGCUAUCGAGGAGGGCAAGGAUCUGAAGCAGGGUGCGACGAAGCCGUAG